AUGCUGUCCCGCGUUGCUGUCCGCGCCGCUGUUCGAGCCGGUGCUCGCAGGGUCACGCCUCGCGCUGCCCGCCUCGUGCCCGCCGCCAACGGUGCCCGUGUCCAGCUUGCUCCCUACACGUCCGGUCGAGGAAACGAUUCUCGAUUCAUUCGAAGCGCCGUCAUCAAGGUUCUCAACAGCAUUGGCACGAAGCGCGAGGUCCAACAAUACCUGAGCCACUUCUCCUCUGUCUCGUCGCAGAAGUUUGCUGUUAUCAAGGUUGGCGGUGCCAUCUUGACUGAGCACCUGGAUGAGUUCUGCAGCAGCUUGGCUUUCCUGUACCAUGUCGGUCUUUUCCCCAUCAUUGUCCACGGUGCUGGUCCUCAGCUCAACCGCCUCCUCGAAGAGGCUGGUGUUGAGCCCCAGUUCGAGGAGGGUAUCCGUAUCACCGACGGCAAGACGCUGGGAGUCGCUCGCAAGCUCUUCCUGCAGGAGAACCUGAAGCUGGUGCAGAAGUUGGAGGAGCUCGGCGUCCGCGCCCGCCCCAUCACCUCCAGCGUCUUCACCGCUGACUACCUCGACAAGGAAAAGUGGAAGUUUGUUGGCAAGAUCACCGAUGUCAACUCGGAGCCCAUUGAGAGUGCCAUCUCCAACGGCUACCUCCCCAUCCUGACCUCCAUGGCUGAGACCCCCGAGGGUCAAGUCCUCAACGUCAACGCCGACGUCGCCGCCGGUGAGCUGGCCCGCGCCGUUGAGCCUCUCAAGGUCGUCUACCUCAGUGAGAAGGGUGGUCUAUUCGAUGGCGAGGGUCAGAAGAUUUCUGCCAUUAACCUGGACGAGGAAUUUGACAGCAUCAUGUCCCAGAAGUGGUGCAAGUUUGGCACUCGUCUCAAGAUCAAGGAAAUCAAGGAUCUUCUGGACGGUCUUCCCAGAACUUCCAGCGUGGCUAUUAUUCACCCCGCCGAUCUCCAGAAGGAGCUCUUCACAGACUCUGGCGCUGGUACCCUGAUCCGUCGCGGUGCCAAGCUCCUGUCGGCCACCAGCGUGGAUGAGUUCAAGGACCUCGACCAGCUCAAGGAGGUUCUCGUCCGGGACCGUGAUGUCACCGACUCCCGUGCCACUGUGGACCGAUACCUCGACUUCUUGAAGGAGCGACCUUUCAAGGCUUUCUUCGAUGACGGUAUGAAGACUCUUGCCGUCGUCCUGAAGCCCGAUACCAACAAGUCCUACUCGACUCUGGCCACCCUUACUAUUACCAAGUCUGGUUGGUUGACCAAUGUUGCCGACAACAUCUUUGCCGCCGUCAAGAAGGAGUACCCUAGCCUGGUAUGGACGGUCAAGGCCGAUGAUGAGAACCUGACCUGGUUCUUUGAAAAGGCCGACGGCAGUCUCCUCCGAGGCAACGACGUUCUCUUCUGGUACGGCAUUGAGGAAGGCCAGGAUCUUACCGACUUGAUGAAGGACUUUACUCUCCACGGUCGUUCCAUGUUGGGCGAGUCCAACUUGGAGGCUAGACUUCACCGUGCUGCUCAGAUUGCAUCCCAGAACCUGAAGAGCCACGCUGCCUCUGGUUCCAUUGCCAACCAGGCCCGUGGCUUCUCUACUUCAGCCCGCCGCGCCGUCAUGUCCGCCUCCAGCGGUUUCGGCCGAUCGCGAGGAUAUGCCACUACUACCAACCCCAACCCUCCAUACGGCAAGAAGCAUGCGUCAAACGAUGUGCCGUCGCGGGUUGCCCUGAUUGGUGCCCGUGGUUACACUGGUCAAUCCUUGAUUGCACUCCUUAACAAGCACCCCAACUUCAUUCUCAAGCACGUGUCUUCCCGUGAGUUGGCUGGACAGAAGCUCCAGGGUUACGACAGAAAGGAGGUCACCUACGAGAACUUGAGCGUCGAGGAAGUCGGUCAGAUGGAGGAGCGGGGUGAUAUCGACGUGUGGGUCAUGGCUCUGCCCAACGGUGUCUGCAAGCCCUACGUGGACGCAAUCGACCAGGCCAGAGCCAAGAUUGGCCAGCGCGAAGACAACAGUGUGGUCAUUGACCUUUCGGCCGACUACAGAUUUGACAACUCGUGGACCUAUGGUCUUCCCGAGCUCAUCAAGCGUUCCGACAUUGCCCAGGCCACCCGCAUCUCCAACCCUGGUUGCUACGCCACUGGUGCCCAGCUUGGUAUUGCGCCUCUGGUCGAGUUCCUCGGCGGCUCUCCUAGCGUCUUUGGUGUCAGUGGCUACUCUGGCGCUGGUACUAAGCCGUCGCCCAAGAACGACGUCGAGCUUCUUGAGCACAACUUGAUCCCAUACAGCUUGACAGACCACAUUCACGAGAAGGAAAUCAGCAGCCAACUGGGAACUCCUGUGGCUUUUACACCCCACGUUGCUCGAUGGUUUCAGGGUAUUCACCACACAAUCAACAUUCCUCUCAAGCAAACCAUGACCUCGAGAGAGAUCAGACAAAUAUACCAGGACCGAUAUGCUGGUGAGAAGCUCGUCAAGGUCAUUGGCGAGGCGCCCAUGGUUAAGGGCAUCAGCCAAAAGCACCACGUCGAAAUUGGUGGCUUUGCUGUGCACAGCUCGGGAAAGAGAGUGGUCAUCUGUGCCACCAUUGACAACCUGCUCAAGGGAGCAGCAACACAAUGCUUACAAAACAUGAACUUGGCACGUGGUUAUGCGGAGUUUGAAGGCAUCCCUCUGCCGGAAUAG